AUGCCUUCAACAAUACCUUUGUUUGCUGCCCCUGCCCCUGCCCCUGCGGGGCUGGAGGAGGAGGAGGAGGACGAGAAUCCACUGAUCAUCUCCUUCCUCACUGUUCCCACUCCCUCGAGUGCUACCGAUCUCCAUCUCCCGCCUCAUGUGUACUACUCGAACGGAACUGUCACCAAGGAGAUGCAGAAGCAAAAGAAGCGGGAAACUGAUAGACGUUAUCGAAAGAACAAGAAGAAAGCAGUGCAAGAAACCGAGAACAAGCUGGCCAUGACCAUCAUUGAAAAUGAAAACCUGAAGAGCACUGUCGAAAAAUUCCGUCAAGAAAUAUUCCAUCUUACAAGCCAGCUAAAAUUGAUUUACCAAAGGUUCGAGACCAUAUAUACUGAGCUGGAGAAAGAAAUCGAAUGCGCGAGGACUGAAAAUGAACUCACCGGGUGCUUAUUGAAUGAUCCCAACACCAUUAACAUCUGAAACAUGGUUAAGGCUCUGAAAGAAAUGAAGAUUUGAAAAGAACAAUAGAACACAAGGAGCCAAUUAAUCACCGCAGGGCUGACAGACAACAUGAUCACAAGGCCUGUACGUUCAAAUGGGAUUUCUUGUAAGUUGUAUGUAUAUAAUAAUAACUGGACUGCUACAAUUAAUCAUGUACGUAGGUGGUACAAUUUGCUGGUAGGGGUGGACAUGAA